AUGUGUGCGCUUGCUAGAGGUCUCUAUGCUGAUAACAGAAGGCGGGAUAACCCGCUGUUGGCUGAAUAUUUCGCUCAGAGAGACAAAUAUGCGGCGAAAUCGGCUAUGAAAGAAAAGGAUCUAUCUGUCAGACAGUCGAAGACUCUGCAGAUGCUAGAAUCCUUUAAAGCAAAGUUGGAGAAAAUGAAAGAAGAAAUGCCGGAAAGCGUCGCCGUCACUGAUGGAGACUCUGAAAUUCAGGAUAGCGAUCCCGAAGAGGACAUACCGGGCGAAGACUGGCUUUUGCACAAGUUCGUCGCCAAAGAAGAGGCUUUAGUACCGGCAAAAAACGUCCAUGUUUAUAAUGAAGAUACGUAUGAUAUUAACGACCCGCGAAACCCGAUCAACAAGAGGAGGAGAGAGCCAGAUACGAAAAAGGGUCGUAGAAGGAAAGAAUCCAGUUCUCUGAAGCGACCUAAAGUCUGA